AGGGUCACGCUGUCGCUUCCCCCGCAGAUCAUGCUUUACCUAGAUAUUCGCAGUCCCUAGAAGCGUAACCUGACACUGCGUAAUCUCAGGAACGCCCGCGAGGGCCGCGUGAAGGGAAUUUGCUCUGCGUACGUUUCCCAAGGUCAGUUGGCGUCGACCCUAGAAAACGCCAGUGUACUCGCACGAAGAAAGAACUAGGUCAUUUCUGCAUUGUUUCUCAGUAAUAGUUUCCCGUCAUAAUCUCCACUCGCGGCCAUGCAACCGUCGCGACCCGGAGGUUAUGGCACGCGGUCAGGCCGCUACGGCGCGCCAGCGGGGGCAGCAACGGGCGCGGGGAAGGGGCCGGGCGGACCCUCUUCGCGCAGCAAUGCGGCGCUCCAGGCGCAGCAGCGGCUCCGCGCGCUGAUGUCAAACACGUCGGACGAAUCCCCCGACGAUUACGGCAGCCAGCUCCCCAGGUCCGCCGGGGGAAUGCGCCAGCCCCCCUCGGGAGGAGCCAUGGGACGCUCGCGGCCAGCAGGGGGCGGGUAUGACGCGCCUGACCCCAUGGGGGACCCGUACCGAGGGGGGGGAGGCAUGGGCGGCUACGACAUGGGGCGACGCACGGAUUCAGGAGCAUCCCGGCAGGAGAUGGAGGCAAUCAAGCGCGAGUCAGCCAAGCUCAAGGACGAUCUGGAUGUGCUUACAGAGGAAAACGAGUUUCUUGUGGAUAAGCUGCGCAUGGCGGAGGAGGACCUCAAGGAGAAGCAGGCGCGCGUGCAGGAGCUGGAGAAGCAGGUGGCUAAGAUGGGCGAAGGGCUCAGCCUUGAGGCACGCCUUCUCAACAAGAAGGAGGCUGUUCUCAAGCAGCGCGAGGCGACUCUAAAGGAGAUGAAGGACAAGUCCAAGGACGUGAAGGAGGUGGAGAUCACCACGCUCAGGAUGGAGCUGGAGUCCCAGAGGGAGGAGGCGGCAGCAGCGCUGGAGGAGGCACGGCAGGCGAGUGAGGAGGUGCGGGCGCUCAGGAGCCUCACGGCGCGCAUCCUGCUCACCCCAGAGGAGAAGGAGGAGGUGGUGCUCAAGCGCUGCUGGCUGGCGCGCUACUGGGCGCUGGCCUCCCGCCACGGCGUGCAUGCUGAGAUCGCGUCCUCCCGCAGCGACCACUGGCAGAAGUACUCCCCGCUGCCGUUCGAGGUGGUGAUCGACGCGGGCAGGAAGGCCAGGGAGGAGCCCGAUGGGGGGGAGAAAGAGGACAAGCCAGCGACGGUGGGCACGGAGAGCAACAUCGAGAGCAUGUUCCAGGUGGAGAAGGCGCUCAGGGACCUUGCGGCCCUCAAGGUGGAGGAGGGCGUGCUUCUCGCCAUGGCGCAGCACCGCCGCCCCGCCCUUCUGAAAGUGCACUCUGCUCCUUCAGCUGCCGAGGAGGGCCCAAGGAUGGUCGAAUCCAUGGACCUGAGCGAUGAGGAGGUGGAGGACGUGAGGUUCAAGCAGAACUGGCUGGUGUACUGGUGGCGGCGGGCGCGCGACCAUAAGGUGGAGCCGGACAUCGCAGCGGAGCGCCUGGCGUACUGGAUCUCGAGGAGCACUGUCAAGCCGACUGCUCACGAUGCUGUGGACGCGGAGCGCGGGCUGAUGGAGGUGCGCAAGCUCAACCUGGAGCAGCAGAUGUGGGAUGCUUCCAGGAAGGAUCUCGUUGCCGAGGCUGCAGCGGCCGCUGCUGUGGCGGCUGUGGCUGCAGGGCCGCCUCCCUCCAGCAAAUAAGAUGCCAGCACCGCUCUUCACCACUUUCCACCUCACUGGACCAGCUUGAAACGCUCUGUAUAUCGCUGUCAUCAGCUGUCCAUGCUCCUGGUGACCAUUAACUUACAGUUGAUGCUUGCUUCCUCUCUGCUCCAUCCACUCCCCGUUUUUCAUGGCCAUGUAUUUUGGUGCUUGAUUUGUGAACUGCAUGUUCUUCGUAUGGCCGGAAUUGUGUAGUCUCUUUGAAAACAGGUGUGUCCAUGUCAAAUCCUACUGUGUGAUUGCAUAUAGGUAUAUUUCUGUAUUGUUGUCUUUGUAUAGCUGACAUGAAAUUCAUAAGUGCAACUG